AUGCCUCUUUCAAAGCUGCACGGAGUCAAGCUCCCUGCUUCGGCCGACUUCCAUGUCCACCUUCGUGAAGGUCCAAUGAUGGAGCUGGUGACUCCUACUAUCCGCCAGGGAGGUGUGAACACCGUUUUUGUUAUGCCGAACCUCGUGCCACCCAUCACGACCGUCGACCGUGCCUUGGACUACCAGAAGAGCCUACAAGCUCUCGAGCCGAAUGUCAACUUCCUCAUGUCGCUGUACCUCCACGAGACCGUCACCCCGGAAACCAUCAUCGAGGCUAAGAAGCGCGGCAUCAUCGGUGUCAAGAGUUACCCAGCCGGUGUAACGACCAACUCAUCUGCGGGCGUGGUCGAUUACACGCAGUUCUACCCCGUCUUCGAGGAGAUGGAGCGGCAAAACAUGGUUCUGAACCUGCACGGAGAAAGUCCCUCCGGGGGCGACGUGACGGUGUUGUCCGCGGAGGAGCGCUUCCUCCCCAAGCUCUUUGAGCUGCACUCCAAGUUUCCCAAGUUGCGCAUAAUCUUGGAGCACUGCACCACCGCUGCAGCUGUCGAGGCCGUGAAGAAGUGCGGCCCCACAGUGUCUGGUACUAUCACAGCACACCAUCUGUCCAUCAUCAUCGACUCGUGGGCCGGUGACCCAUUCUGUUUCUGCAAGCCAGUUGCCAAGACCCCGGCCGAUCGUGACGCCCUCCUCCGCGCUGCUGUCUCAGGUAACCCCAAGUUCUUCUUUGGUUCCGACAGCGCCCCGCACCCAGCGGCAUCCAAGCGUGGCGGCGAGAAGAUUGCUGCUGGGGUCUUCACCCAGCCGUACACCACUCAAGUUGUGAUUGAUGCCUUUGAGCAGGCGUGUGACAACGGUGUCCUCAAGGAGGAGGAUAUCACGCCAGAGAUAGUCGAUGGUUUCAUGAGCAAAUUCGGGCGGGCCUUUUAUGGCCUUCCUGAGGAGAAUAAGGAGUUCAUCACCAUCGAAAAGAAGGGCGAGAAGAUCUCAGAAAUCCUUCAGUCAGACAAGAUCGACGUGGUGCCCUUCAGAAAGACCCAGGAGACAUGGAGCGUCUCUUGGUCUUGA